GCGCCUUGAGGAAAGAUGGCACCUGCCGGCUGCUGCUGCUGCUACUGCUGCUGGGGCGGCGCUGUGGCCGCCGCGGACGCCGUCCGGCGCGUCCUGGUGCUGCUGCUGCUGGGGGUCCUGUCCGCCGGGCCGCGCCCGGGCGCCCUGGCCACCGAGCACUACUCGCCGCUGUCCCUGCUCAAGCAGGAGCUGCAGCACCGGCAGCAGCAGGAGGCCCCGGCAGGCGGCGGCUGCAGCCCGCAGUCCGGGGACUGGGGAGACCAGUACUCGGUCGAGUGUGGCGUUAUCGAAGACGGACCUGUGACCUGGCCUGUGCCUCCCAGAGGGCAGGAGGGGCUCCGCAGGCCUCGGGCCCGCGCGUCAGAGCUGCGUGUGCUUCGGCUCGAGGAUCGAGGGUCGCGGAUCGAGGGUCGCGGCGCGCCCAGUCACGGGGGUGGGCGCUGUUGCCGUCAGUCUAGGAAAUCAUGGCAGACGCCUCAGGAGCAGAAGUCCUCCUUUUUGAACUUCCAUGACUCAGACUGCGAACCCAAAGGACCACCACCCUGUGACUCAUUGCUUUCCCUCAACACUGAAAAGAUUCUGAGCCAGGCCAAGUCUAUUGCAGAACAAAAGAGAUUCCCAUUUGCUACUGAUAAUGACAGCACAAAUGAAGAGCUAGCGAUUGCUUAUGUGUUGAUUGGCAGUGGACUCUAUGAUGAAGCGAUAAGACAUUUUUCAACAAUGCUUCAGGAGGAGCCUGAUCUGGUUAGUGCAAUUUAUGGCCGAGGGAUAGCCUAUGGAAAGAAGGGACUACAUGACAUUAAGAAUGCUGAGCUUGCUCUGUUCGAACUGAGCCGAGUAAUUACCUUGGAACCAGAUCGUCCAGAGGUAUUUGAACAGCGAGCAGAAAUUCUUUCCCCUCUGGGACGAAUUAAUGAAGCAGUGAAUGAUCUCACCAAAGCUAUCCAGCUUCAGCCCUCAGCACGGCUGUACAGACACCGGGGGACCCUGUACUUCAUAUCAGAGGACUAUGCAACAGCCCACGAAGACUUCCAGCAGUCCUUAGAACUGAACAAAAACCAGCCUAUAGCUAUGCUAUACAAAGGUCUAACUUUCUUUCACAGAGGACUUUUGAAGGAAGCUAUUGAAUCCUUCAAAGAAGCCUUGAAGCAGAAAGUUGAUUUUAUUGAUGCGUAUAAAAGCCUGGGACAGGCCUAUAGAGAACUGGGCAAUUUUGAAGCUGCCACUGAGAGCUUCCAGAAGGCACUGUUGCUCAACCAAAAUCAUGUGCAGACCCUACAGCUCCGGGGAAUGAUGCUUUAUCACCAUGGCAGCCUACAGGAAGCCCUUAAGAACUUCAAGCGGUGUCUGCAGCUCGAGCCCUAUAACGAGGUGUGCCAGUACAUGAAAGGACUCAGCCAUGUUGCCAUGGGACAGUUUUAUGAAGGCAUAAAAGCACAGACCAAAGUCAUGCUAAAUGAUCCUCUCCCAGGCCAGAAGGCUAGCCCAGAGUAUCUGAAAGUGAAAUAUCUCCGAGAGUAUUCUCGGUAUCUUCACGCACACCUUGAUACUCCUCUUACGGAAUAUAACGUUGAUGUGGAUCUGCCUGGAAGCUUUAAAGACCACUGGGCUAAAAAUCUGCCUUUCCUCAUAGAAGACUAUGAAGAGCAACCAGGGUUGCAACCCCAUAUAAAAGAUGUGUUACACCAGAAUUUUGAGAGUUAUAAGCCCGAGGUACAAGAGCUGAUCUGUGUAGCUGAUCGUCUGGGAUCACUGAUGCAAUAUGAAACACCUGGUUUCCUGCCAAACAAGAGAAUACACAGAGCCAUGGGUUUGGCAGCGUUAGAGGUCAUGCAAGCUGUACAGCGUACAUGGACCAAUUCGAAAGUUCGAAUGAAUGGGAAAACACGGCUAAUGCAGUGGAGAGACAUGUUUGACAUUGCAGUAAAGUGGAGACGAAUUGCUGACCCAGACCAGCCAGUGUUGUGGUUAGAUCAGAUGCCAGCACGAAGCCUUAGCAGAGGUUUUAACAACCACAUCAAUUUAAUCAGGGGUCAGGUGAUUAACAUGAGAUACCUGGAAUAUUUUGAGAAGAUCCUUCAUUUUAUUAAAGAUAGAAUUCUUGUUUAUCAUGGAGCUAAUAAUCCUAAAGGAUUGUUGGAAGUUAGAGAAGCUCUGGAAAAGGUACACAAAGUAGAAGACCUUCUUCCAAUUAUGAAGCAGUUUAAUACUAAAACAAAGGAUGGGUUCACGGUGAACACAAAAGUUCCCAGCCUCAAAGAUCAAGGGAAGGAAUACGAUGGAUUCACAAUCACAAUUACAGGAGACAAGAUUGGCAACAUACUGUUCUCUGUGGAAACGCAAACCACAGAAGAAAGAACACAGUUCUAUCAUGCUGAGAUAGACGCACUUUAUAAAGACCUCACAGCGAAAGGAAAAGUACUGAUUCUUUCAUCAGAAUUUGGGGAGGCUGAUGCUGUUUGCAAUUUAAUCUUAUCCUUAGUUUAUUACUUUUAUAAUUUAAUGCCACUCUCUCGAGGAUCCAGUGUAAUAGCUUACUCCGUGAUCGUGGGAGCAUUGAUGGCAAGUGGAAAAGAAGUAGCAGGAAAGAUCCCCAAAGGGAAGUUAGUUGACUUUGAAGCUAUGACAGCCCCUGGUUCAGAGGCCUUUAGCAAAAUAGCCAAAAGCUGGAUGAACCUAAAAAGUAUUUCACCUUCCUAUAAGAUGCUCCCAUCUGUGUCAGAGACGUUCCCAACAUUAAGAUCAAUGAUUGAGAGAGAGUACACAUGCAUGAGUGGGGUGAGAGACAGAGGAGAGAAACUUCAAGCAAAUCCCCUGCUGAGUGCAGAGCCCCACGCAUGCCAGGAGGGAUCUCACGACCCAUCGGAUCACGACCUAGGCCAACACCAAGAGUCAGACACUUAACUGGCUGAGCCACUCAGACACCUGCUGACUUUUCUAAAAUAUCACAAUAUGUCUAAGCCCCAGAAUUAGAACGUAUUUUUCUUGAAAUUUGGUUUAUCAACUCCAAAUUCCUACAUUUCAAUUUUUAUUUAGAUAGCCCAGUUUCUCCUCAUUCAGAUACGGUGAUUAUCACAUCAUCAGAAGUACCAACAUGCUAAAUUCUGUGACUUCAAGAUGUUUUGAGAAAACAUUCCAUCUUCUGCCCUGAGUCCCAAAAUACUCAGGCCAAGUUGACUGUGGUCUGAACAAAAUACUACAUGUAAUUCUGUUUGGUGGCCAAGAAGGUACUAACUACUGGUGCUCCCAUUCCCAUCUUUCAGGGCUCUUAUCACAAGAUUUGGAAUGCAUUUUUAUAUCAAGAUAUUUAAAGUCCUCCUAUCACCUCUUCAAUUAAAUUGAAAAAUUGCACCUAAAACUCAGAGUUCCCUUGUACAAGUUAUUCUCUGUUUAAAGCUGUUUUCAAAAACAUACAUUUCUUUUGUAAAACAAAAGGGGACACCUGGGUGGGUUAGGGGUUGAGCGUCUGCCUUUGGCUCAGGGCAU